GGAAAUAUUGUAAGCAAAGAUUAGCUGGUCCUUUUUCACCUAACGUUGACCCAGCCUUAUUUUUUUUUUUUUAACCAAAGCUAUACUUUUAUUAAAAUUAAGCAAUUUUUCAAAGGGAUGGUUCGACAAUGAUUUAUACUUAUGAGACGCUUUCAGUAUUAAUAACAACAUUUUUAAUAAAACUCCUUUUAUAUCGUCAUCAGUCUUUGUUAUUGACGUCACAUGUGUAACUCGGUCGUAAACAAUUACAAACUUGUGCAGAAUGACGUCAUUAAGGAUUAACAUUUUGAUUGUCAUGUCAUGUUUCUCUGGUAUACUCGCUUUAGGUAAGUUCACUUAUUAGUUAGUUUAAAUAGUUAAACUGCAUAAAUAUGUAAGAAAAGAUCUAAUUACAAAUGUGAACUCUGACCAUUUUUUUUGGCUGGCUAACUUAUUUUUUUAUUCACUAACAUCCUCUUCGUCUCCGCGUUAUACAGUACUUUUUAUUUUUUUAAAUUAUUUAAUUUUCAUUCAUUCUGAGAGGUUCGCCCAUUUACAUGCUAUAUAAUCUGUAGCGUUAAAAAAAAAUUUUAUUUAAGUUUUUAUUUUCUACCCAUUCGAAAACUAGUUGUAAUUGUUUAUCAUCAGUAUCUACAUAUCCGCCGAAUUCAGUAGAUGCAAUGUCAUCCUGCAAAUUUAGGUACACUAGGAAGCAGUCAAUACUUAGCGCGACUUAACAUGGUUUGCUAAGGGCUCAGUCAAAGUCGAUUGGACUUUCAAUACUUACUUUGAUUUCUUUGCUAAGACCAACCACUGGGGCCUGAAUUUACUUGAUAAAGAGAUUGUGAGAAUUAUCUUGUUCUGCAGUAAAGAUUAUACACAGUUUUUUUGUGUGUGAUGUGAUCGAUAAUAAAUUCAAAUUAGUGCACACAAUCUCACAUGGCAAUACGAAUAGCAAACAUCUAAGGAGUUUAUGAUGAAAAACGAAAUUACCCACUUGACUUAUUGAGCCUUAAUGAAAAUAAUCAGUCAGAUAAUUUUUUUUCUAUGACUCUUAAUCAUCCAGGAUUUUAUUGAUUGAGAUUGAUAUAAUCAUUUAUUAAUUUUAUUAUUCUAUGACAGCGUGUGAUCCAGGGAUUUAUGGAUCACGAUGUCAAUUCAAGUGCCACUGUAACAACUCCCUGUGCACAGCAAAUGGCGAAUGUCAAUCUAGAGUUGGGUGUGAGAAAGGAUGGAUGGGACCAAUGUGUCAAUAUCGUAAGUUGGAUGUAAGAAAACUGUGGAUGCCACCAUAGCUUCAAUAUAGAAAGUUUGAAGGGAAAUUAACAAAAUAAUCUUAGAAGUUACAACCAUUAAAGACAUGCGGAAAUGUAAUGCAACAGAGACGUCAAAUAUUUGGAGGUUUUACCAGAGCUAAUUUGUAGGAUCGUUCCUUUAAGGUAUUAAUUGUAUAUGUUUUGAUCUGUUUCAGAGGACUUGGGUUUGUUUGGGGUCAGAAGUGUUACAACAGUCCCGGCACACAACGGGUCUCUUCUGGUGGAUGGAGAUCAAGACACGUGUGUUAAGAACAUCAAUGAAGUUACGGUGGAAUUCUGGUUCAGAAGUCGCCUGACGUGGCUGCAACUCAUUGGAGAAAAUUUAAGUAAGUAACGAACAAAAUUAUGGAGAAACAACAAUUUCUUUAUCUCUUACACAAUUGACUUAGUUCUAAAACAAUUUAAUUAGUCCUAAAACAAGUUACUUGGUUCUAAAACAAUUUACUUUGUUCUAAAACAAUAUACUUGGUUCUAAAACAAUUUACUUUGUUCUAAAACAAUUUACUUGGUUCUAAAACAGUUUACUUUGUUCUAAAACAGUUUACUUAGUUCUAAAACAAUUUACUUGGUUCUAAAAUAAUUUAAUUAGUUCUAAAACAAUUUAAUUAUUUCUAAAACGAUUUACUUUGUUCUAAAACAAUCUACUUUGUUCUAAAACAAUUUACUUGGUUCCAAAACAAUUUACUUAGUUCUAAAACAAUGUACUUAGUUCUUAAACAGUUUUGUAUGGGGAGCAUUAAUAAAUGAAAUUAAAAAAAUACAAUAUAUAAAUUAAACAUAAAUGAAACUCAGUUAUGUAAUUUAUAUAUUUUACAAAACUGUAACUAAAUACACGUUCUUAAAGUUACUGCAGUAGACAGCUUUUAUUUAUAAUUAUUAUAUUUUUUCGUAUAGUUUGUGAUGAAAGAUGUUGGGCAACAUCAUCAUGCAUAUAACAAAUCACUUCCUUUCACGUCAUGUAUAUUAUAUUAAAAACGUUAAAGAAGUUCCCUCAUAUAUUUUAUAGCUCCUGUGAUUUACCCAAACUAAUUCAAAAAAAAAAAAAAAAAAAAAAAAAUUGAAAAAAUAAACAUAAACUCAUUCUAAUUAAAGCCUUUAACAUAUUUAAUUUCAUAACUUUGCUUAACAUGAGUUGAAAAGACAAUGGGGACUUUCGGUAUUGAGAUUUAUGAAUUACAGAUGGCGUCAAGGUGACGUUCAAGGAAUACAAGAACGGCGCAGUAUUUCUAGGGACGUGUAAAGAUGGCCACAGCGUCCUCGGAACCAGCCAACUCUCAAACGUCAUUUGUUACAGCAAUACCAAUGUGGAGGUGAUGAGACUUGAAAUGGAUUCACCAAUAAAACUCUGUUCUCUGUUAAUCAAUGGAGGUAAGCUAAUAUUUAAUUAUUUAUAUUGAACCAUUAAUUUUCGACGCCUAAGAUUUAAUGUUUGAACUAUGCUUUAUGAUAUUAUAAUGGGGAAGUUUAUAGUUCAAUUUAUUUUAAUUUCAGUUUUUCCUUUUUUUUCUUUUUGGCCACACUACCUACCCGAGCCUCUAGAAUGGUUUAAUGUUGUCCAUUUUAUACUGAAGUUUUGAAAUAUGUUAGUUGCCAAUAAUUGUAUCUCUGACAAAAUCGUACACAAAGUUUACGUCAUGAGCAGAAUUGUUUCAAAUUACACUCUCUCGUUUUUUAUUACCUUUAUAGAAAUGAAGCUGUAUUACUUCCAUGAAAUCGUAACUGAUGCAGUCUGUUUGUCUGUAUGAUUGCCUGUCUGCUGGUCUCUCAGUCUAUCUGUACACUUGAUGUCUAUAUAAUAUAUUGGUAUGUUAGUACUCCCUUUCACUUUCCACUAUAAACUAUCUGUCCAUACGUGAUUGCUUUCAAUUGUUUAAUUUUUUUUUUAUCCAGGACGUAAUUUAGCGAUGUCUGGACUUGCGACUCAAUCUAGCACUUUGCCGGCCAAUCAAGAUGGUGGACCAGCUGAGGCGAGCAGAGCAGUGGACGGCAACACCAACACUAACUUCCACUCUAAGAGUUGCACGCACACCAACGAAUUAGAUCACGCCACUCCGUGGUGGAAUCUACGAUUGCCUAAUGUGAAACAAAAUGUAAACAGAGUCGUCAUCUACAACAGAUUGGAUGUCGGAGCGGCUCAGGGUAUGUCGGAAUUGAGCCAAGAACCCAUUCGUUGUGUCCUGCCUAAUCUUAACAAUCUUUCUUUCCACGCUUCUAAGAGUUACGAAAUAAGUUCUAAAGCAAAUAAAGUUAAUACAUUUUUCCAGACACUCAUAAUGCACUCUGCUAACCAUAAAUAUCAAUACACGUACUAUGCUAAAACGCCUUUAUGCUAUCACAGACACAGACAUGAGACAAACAAAUUACUUAUUAAAGGAGCCAACUCUUGCACAGAGCGUCUGUGCAUACACCAUUACUUAUGUUAGGAGCUAUCUUUACCACAGGGCAUCCCCAAUAUAUACAUGAUUCUGAUUUCAGGAGCCAAAUGCUGCCCGGAGCGACUCAAUGGUUUCACUAUGGACGUGUACAACAACUCAGGGGCCAGAGUGUUCAAUUACAUUGACCAACCACCUAGCAUCACAUUUAAAGGGGAAGUUAUAUACAAUCUGACCACACCAGAUUUUGUGGAGGCGUAUCUUGUGAACAUAUCAGCACAUAACAGGGAAUCAGUGCUAACGUUGUGCGAAGUUGAAUUGUACGGAUGUAAGUGGGUUAGAACAUCUUAAAAUAGCUUGCUGUGCGUUAGUUUUAGAAUGUAGCACACAUUCCCGACAAGUGAAUUCAUAUUGAUACUGCUGGAUUAGUAAUGUCUGCCUGGGAUUUCAUUCAUUUCUAAAACGAUAGUCACACCAAAAAGCUAAUAAUGAUAUUUGCCAUCAUCAUCACGAAUAGCGCUACAGCAGAGCAUUCUGGCCUGCCCCACAAAAUCUUUGCAUGGAGACCGGAAGUUUGCUUUUUGUCUCCAAGGAAGGAAUUCAAGCUCUCUUAGACAUCAGUCCUUAUCGUCAUGGGGGAUUGGCGGGGGGGGGGGGUUGUACUCUUUUAUGAUGAUGGAACUGGUCGAAAAGUAGCGCCCAAUACAAUAAGCAUUUAAAAAUAAUGUAAUCUAAUUGAAUUGGAAUCAAAUCCAUGAUAAGAGAUAUGGAGGUAAAGAGAGACAUUCAAGUAGUAAGAGACAUUCAGUUUAUAAGAGACUUCUAGCAAUGAGAGACAUUCAGGUCAUAAUAGUCAUUCAGGUAAUGAGUAACAGUUAAUUAAUGAGAGACAUUCAGGAAAUAAGAGAUUUUAAUUUAAAAAAGAGACUUUCAGGUGAUCAUUGCACGUUAGUGUGUCUGGAGAUUUGCCACACCCCCACCCCCUUUUUUUAAGGCCCCAUACUAUUCUUUUUCUAUCUUUUGAACACAGAUGACCAGUGUCCUAGAGGGCAAUAUGGCCCCGAAUGCAGUCAAACUUGCCAUUGUAAAUACGAAAAUGAUACGUGUAAUGAAAUAAAUGGAUUGUGCAGGCUCGGCUGCGGUGGCGGUUUCAGUGGCUUGGACUGUGACAUAGGUAAAUACGUUGUGAUCAAAUAGUAAUAGAUUUUUUUAUGUUUGAACUUGUUAGAUGAAAAUUACAAUCUAUAACAUAGUCAAUGGUUACGUGGUAAAUUAUAAACAAUCUGUUAUUUGAAUUAUAUUUUACAUACGGCAACAACUUUUAAAGUAGUGAAAUAUUUGUUUUACACCCUUUUGUUUUAACACUAAGACUUGCAAUGUAAUAUGGAUUCCUAUUAUGUGCACUCACUUUUCUUUGCAAGUAAAGAUGAUUCCUGGCUUAUAACCUUUAUCUCAGUGGUUCUCAACCUUCCUAAAGCCACGACUCUUUAGUACAAUGCCGCAUGUUGUGGUGACCCCAAACCAUAAAACUAUUUUCAUUACCAUUUUAUGAAUGUGUUUCCGAUGGUUUUAGCCAACCCUAGUGUAAGGGUCUUUCGACCACCAAAGGGGUCUCGCUCCACAGUUUGAGAACCGCUGCUUUAAGUCCUUGUUUACUAACUACUGAAUAUAUUCAUAUUUCAGCUCUGACAUUCUCAUUUUCAUUGCCAUCAAUUUUAACAUUGUUUGUUUUAAAUUGCUGUUGAUAACGUCAAUGAAUGCUCGUAAUAAACCCCGCAAUUUGCGCUUGUCAUUGUCAUGUAUCUUGCAUUAUUCGUAUUGACAUUUUAAUUUAUGUUAUUGUCUUGUGUUCAGUAGAUAACAUUUUAACUGAUAAAUGCUCGUUUUUUUAAUUAUGUUAGAACGAUUGUUAAGAGUAAAGUGAGGUUUUUUUUUUUUUUUAACACAUGCAUAAUUUGAUGUUUUCCUAAUGACUUUGUUUACCUUAAAAAUAACUUUUAAUUUUUUAAUGUCUACCAAUUAUGUUACUAUAGAUUAUGUUCAUAUAUUAUGUUACCACAUAAGAUUGUCGUCCCGGGAGACCUCUCCAAGAGAGCUGCUUCCCCCCGUGCAGUGGAAACUGUAUUAAUGCUGCAUGCAACAGACUCACGGGGAAAUGUCUGGAAGGCUGCCUUGACAGCAGCAGUUUAGCUCCAGAGUGUAUCCCAGGUGGGUCAACAUGUUAUGUCCAACUGUAUUCACAUCUGGUCUCUGUAUUCACAUCUGGUCUCUGUAUUCACAUCUGGUCUCUGUAUUCACAUCUGGUCUCUGUAUUCACAUCUGGUCUCUGUAUUCACAUCUGGUCUCUGUAUUCACAUCUGGUCUCUGAAUUCAGAUCUGGUCUCUGUAUUCACAUCUGGUCUCUGCAUUCACAUCUGGUCUCUGUAUUCACAUCUGGUCUCUGCAUUCACAUCUGGUCUCUGUAUUCACAUCUGUUCUCUGCAUUCACAUCUGGUCUCUGUAUUCACAUCUGGUCUCUGCAUUCACAUCUGGUCUCUGCAUUCACAUCUGGUCUCUGUAUUCACAUCUGGUCUCUGCAUUCACAUCUGGUCUCUGCAUUCACAUCUGGUCUCUGUAUUCACAUCCGUUUCUGCAUUUACAUCCAGUAUCUGUAUUCAUAUCUGCUCUGUGUAAUCACUUAUAAUUUUUGAACAUCAUUAUUCAUAAAAGUUAACUAUUCGAAAAAUACUAAUGCAAUUUUAUAAAUUAUUAAAACAUAAGAAAGUUAGAUCGGAAAAAAAUCAGUGGAUUAGAAACGAAUCAAAACUUUUUUAUUUAAGGUUGUGGUGAAAAUAUGUUCGGUGAAAACUGCAACCUGCCAUGUCACUGCAAGGACAAGAAAUGUGAUGAGAAUGGUCAGUGCAAAGAGCAUUCAAGCUGUGAAGAGGGUUGGUUCGGUGCAAGAUGCCAAUACCGUAAGAAUGCAUAUUAUUUUUUAAAUAUUAAGAAUCUUUUAAUGUGAUGAUUAACCUACUGCAUGUUCAGUGGCUUUGAAAAUAAAAAAGAAAUACAUUGCUAUAAAAAUUGAUCCACAAUGGGAUCCUAAGAUCUUUCAUUUUGAUGGUCAAACAGAGGACUUGGCUGUGAAAGGUCAACUGACAACAGUUCCCAAACAUAACCCAGAACUCAUCACCGACGCAGACGAUGCCACGUGUCUACUAGAAUUAAAAAAUCUGCACUUCAACUUCACAGAACCGUUGACCUUCACCUGGAUGAGGCUGUCAGUUCUUGAGCCUGGUAUGCCUCCCCCCACAUUAGCUGUCAGUUCUUGAGCCUGGUAUGCCUCCCCCACAUUAGCUGUCAGUUCUUGAGCCUGGUAUGCCUCCCCCACAUUAGCUGUCAGUUCUUGAGCCUGGUAUGCCUCCCCCCACAUUAGCUGUCAGUUCUUGAGCCUGGUAUGCCUCCCCCCCCACUAGCUGUCAGUUCUUGAGCCUGGUAUGCCUCCCCCCACAUUAGCUGUCAGUUCUUGAGCCUGGUAUGCCUCCCCCCCCACUAGCUGUCAGUUCUUGAGCCUGGUAUGCCUCCCCCCACAUUAGCUGUCAGUUCUUGAGCCUGGUAUGCCUCCCCCCACAUUAGCUGUCAGUUCUUGAGCCUGGUAUGCCUCCCCCCCCACUAGUUGACCUUUACUUGGAUGAGGCUGUCAGUUCUUGAGCCUGGUAUGCCUCCCCCCCCCACAUGUUGACCUUUACUUGGAUGAGGCUGUCAGUUCUUGAGCCUGGUAUGCCUCCCCCCACAUUAGCUCCCAGCCAGUUGCUCUAUUGCAAAGUACAUUCAUUUUAUUUUAUUAUUUUUUUAAAUUGACAUGUUUUUAAUAAUAAAACAGGUGUGAAGUUGUUUUUGAAAAUACCCUAAAACCGAUUUUAUAUUUUUAAAAUUUACAAAGGUAUAAAAUGUGGGUUUUUUACUUUAAAAAAAAAAUAUUUUCAUUUCUUAGAUUACCACAUAACAGCAUCCCUAAUGUUCUUAGACGAGGGUGGUCAUGAAGUCAGCUGCACAGAUAUGGUGGAAGACAUCAUUGACAAAAGGACCACUGAUAUCUACUGUCAGUUAAACACGACUGUGACAUACGUGAACAUAACACUGAAAGAACCAAGAUCCGUUUGUUCUGUCUCCAUCAGUGGUGGUAAGUGCGUGUUGCUAAUGAUAGUGAUAAGUAGAGGUUUUAAAUAAUCGUUGCAAGUGGAUGUUUAGAAUAAUGGAGGUGAGUAGAAUUUUCCAAUAAUUGUUGUAAUCAUAUGUUAGCAUUAAGUAGAUUUAUAAAAGAGUGGAUUCCAGUAGACGUUUCCGUUGGCAUUUGUAGGUAGAAAAAAAAUAACAUUCCUAUUGAUGAUUAUGAUUCGAAAACAAUUAUGAUUAAUGAUACCAUACAUUUUAAAGUCUUAAUCUUUUAAGAAUUUCUCAAAUCCCCCCCUAAGCGGUAUAAUUUUUAAAUAUGAUCAAAUCUUACUGUCUUUUUAUAUUAACAUUAGUUAACUAUUUUUUUUCCUCUUAAGUUUAAUUAAAAAUACGUUAAAAAGACACACUUUUACAAAGGACUGAUAUUGUUUUUACAUCCUUUGUCUGUUUUUAUAUGUAUCCAUAUUACACAUUGGCUGUACAAUUGACGUAAAUGUUCACUUUAAAUUAAAGGACGAAAUACUGCAUUGAACCAAUGGACGUACCAAACACCAGAUUACAACGGCCUGCCUUUGAGUGACGUAAAGAGCAGUAACGCGGUCGACGGUUUAUUGGGUGAUGCCAAAUGUGCCCGGGCUGGUGGCGGUGGCGUCGUCAGCCCAUUCUGGACAGUUCAAUUCCAGAAACCCCAGCACGUGUACAAGUUCGUUGUGCAUAAUGGAAUUUUCGGUAAAAAACGAAACCAUAUAGAGUCACAAACUAGGAUUAUACAGAGUGAACCCGGUUAAAUCAUUUAUAUUAACUUCGUCUUUGUUCGAGUGUUUCUGUUUUUUAAGGCAAAAUCUUCGGACGGCUAACUGACUCGCUUCCUGCCAUUUUGUAGAACUGUAAAUUAACAUAUUGAAUGUUGCCAAUAAUAACAAAUUCUUUCAAAAUUCUUAUCGCAGUCCCCACCCCCUUUACCCCCAAUAAUCAGGGUUUUUUUUUCAAAGGGAAAAUGAAAGAAAUAUAAUUUGUUCAAUGGUUGCAUAUUUGUUUUGGAUAUUGUGUAGCUCUGUUGCUAUGUGAUUUAUAUUUGUGACGCAUUUCGGCAUGCACUAAAAUAAAAAUGUUUUUAUAAGGGGAAAAUGAAGUAAUUUUCGCCCAGAAGUUCGCGCAUUUCCAUAAUCAUCUCCAGUUACAAAAAUGUAAACAAAAUGCGUGUAAAGGACUUAUAAGUAAAACUUUGUUUUUAUGGAUUUCUUUAAUUUUAAAUCCUAAUAGUUCUUUUGCACAAAAUAUGGCCAUAAGUAUUAAGUCUACGCUAUCAAGGGGGGAGGGGGAUUGUAUUUGGUUUUUAAAAAAAAAGGCUUUCUAAAUAUUUUGUCAAAUUAUCAAAUAUAUUUUAUUGCUUUUGCUCACGUUUUUUAAGUAAAUGCAGUACUAAAGCCUGUCUCAGUGCCGGUCAAACGUAACUUACCUGUGUUAUGUUUUGUUCAUGCUCAAGGUGAACGUCAAGGCUUUACGUUGACCAGCUUUGACACAACGUACACACCCGUGUUCAACUACAGCGUGCGCUCAGUCAAUGAUACGGACGGUGUUACAGUCAUACAAGCAGCAGAAAUUACGCCACUUAUUACCUAUGUCCAAAUUGUACCGUCCGGCGAUGCCGCUCUCCCAAUGUUAACCUUAUGCGAGGUAGAGAUUUAUGGAGGUUCGUUUUUUAAACAUAUUUUCGCUGUCAAUAUUUCUAUAAAUAUUCAAUAAAUUGAACUACGUCCAGAUAUUUUUUUUAUUUUUUUUAGUUGUAACUUUUGUAACUUGAAAUUAUUUAUUUUACUUACUAAGCUAUGUAAGAAAUUAUAAACUUAAGACAUAGUCAGAAAUACAUCUUAAUUUUUAUCUCCUGAAAUUAUAUCCAGUGGCGUAGGGAGGCUAAGGGUGCGGUGUUGCAUUUUCCAUAUAUAAGGAGAGGGGGCGCUUUCUGUCAUAAGCAGUUUAUUUCGUGGAUGGGGGCGGCAAAAAUCAUUGUACGACCAGGGAGGUACUAAACCUCAUUUACGCCACUGCUUGUUUCUUUUAAAUAAUAAAGUAAAUAUGUAAAAAUGAUAGCAUAUUUUUCACGUACAUUCAUCUGGCCUGAGAGGAAAACAUGAACAAAAAUACAAUUAACUGAAGCCAAACCGUUUUGUACUUAACAUUUGCUGGAAAAAAAUUGUAGAUGCGUGAAAUAUAAUUAUAACAUUGAAUUGCUGUAUAUAUGUCUAUGAAAUUUUGAAGAAUCAUGUAAAUGUUCGCAGAUAACACAUGCCCUGAUGGAAGUUUCGGUCCAGAGUGCUUAGGGAACUGUACUUGCGCAGAUCCUAGUGAGGUGUGUCUGGUAAAUAGUGGCGGUUGUAUAUCCGGCUGUGCUGCAGGAUUCUACGGAGAGGGAUGUCAGACGCGUAGGUCUAUUACUUGUUUAUCUUAUGGCACAGACUAAUGAUGUUUAUACAUCUGCUAAGCCUUCUUUUAACUACCCUUCUUUAAUUCGUUUUUAAUUAUGUAUACAUUCUAGAGACUAGUCUUACUUUGUUUAAAGUCAGUAUUCUGCACUUUGUAAUUGCAGGCUGCACACAAGGGUUGUGGGGGAUCGACUGCAGGUAUGUGUGUAGUGAAGCCUGCCCCGGUCGACUUUGCAACAGAGUAAACGGUGCAUGUUUAUAUGAACGCCAACAUCAAAUGCACCAAUCUCUGAAAUGGCAAGUAGUUCUUGAGAGAAUACUUUAAAAAAAACAUAUAUUAUUUUAAACUAAUUUAAAAUCAUGUCAGAAAUUUGAAUUUUUUGUGAAAUACUUUCAUUUUUUUUUUAAAAAGUAAUUUUUUAACAGACGUUGUUGAUAUUGUUUAUUUAUUUUACGAUAUUAAGACCCACUCAUCAUCGAUUUAAAAAAAAUAAGUCAAAUUGUCUAAAAAAUAAAUAAUUUCAAAACCGCAACCAAGAAGGUCUUUAAAAUGAAAUAGGCUCACAUAAUUAUGAAAGUUGGUUAAAGCGAUUUCUUGAUAGUGAAAAGUCAUAAAUAAAAUAGCAAUGUAAAGAAUAUUUUAAAUUUAAAAUUGUAUUUUAUGAGUCAGAAAAACUGUUCUUCAGUGAUUAUUUUUUUUUUAUUUCAGAUGAAGAGCGGACAGGUCAAGAAAAUUGUGUACAUUAAAUUGUGUAUGUUUCUUUUUUACUUUUAUAAUUUCGAGUUAAGCAAUUGUUUGUAUAGAGCAGAUGGAGCAGGUAAUCAAAGUACUGGCCGGGGCUAUUAGGGCGUAGGCUUAGGCAUGGGCGCCCGCAGAAACUUUCUAGGGAGGGGGCAAAAAAAUAGAUUAACUUUCCAGGGGGGGGGGCAAAAAAUUUUUAGCAAUGUUUUAAUAUAGUUUUAAUUUGCUGUAGCGUAUUUGUAUGGUGAACGAGCGUAUUUGUAUGGUGAACGAACGGACAGGACAUCAGCUUAGUUACUUUUUCUUUAUUUUCUCUUUACUUUAAUAAUUUUUUUUUCUAUUUGCGUCUAAAUUUUUUUUUAUCCAAUCAAUCCAGGGGGGGGGGGGCAAGUGCCCCCAUUGCCCCUACCUGCGGGCGCCCAUGGGCUUAGGCCCCACCCAGAAUAUGUAUAUUAGCUAGCAAUGCUAGUUUAAACUGCAUUAUACUGUCAUCUACAUAUUUUCUUUUAAAAUAAUUCCCAAUCAUUUUGUAUAUUUCCAUUUUAUUGCUCAACGUCCAAAUCUCAAUAUAUUUGUUGUGAUGUUUUAACACUUAUUUCCUUUCUUUAAAUAUACCUUGAUGUAAUUAAAUAUACUCUCAAAUUGU